AAGAAAACAAGGAAAAAAAGGGAGAGAUGAAUGUAUAGAGGAAGAACUUGAUAGUUAAGUCACUAUUUUAAGGAGAGUGGGGAGACAUUACUAAUGUUGUGAAAUUAUAACCAUGUCAAUUUUUUUUCUUUAUCUUGUUUUUACUUUAACAAAAUAAACUUAACAACAUUACCCAUCAGCAAAAGAAAAAAAAAAAAAUAGUACCUGAUAUGAACAGUAUAUAGUAACAUUCCACACAUGAAAAUCUCUGAGGUUGUUUUUCUCAUUUACUGGUUGGUUCAGGGUUACUGUACCUCUGAUGUUCACAUUGGUUAUCAGGUAAGUCUUGCUAUACCAACAUCAUAUUGCAGAGGAUUCAUGGGGAGGGCAUUUCUAAUGGAAAGUGAAAACCAAAUGGUACCAAAUUUUAGAGCUGCAAUAAGUGUUGAAGCAAAUAAUGAGAAAUACACAUGUUCACUUGAUGUUCUUUUAGGGGAUGUGAAGGUUUGGAGUUCUGGUCAUUUGUCAAAGUUCUACACAAUAGACAAAUGUGUACUUCAGUUAACUCAAUAUGGAGACUUACUGUUGACGGGUCAAGAUGAUAGAGUUGGAUGGAAAGCUGGAACUUCCAGACAAGGUGUUGAGAGACUGCAUUUACUUGGGACAGGUAAUUUGGUGUUAGUUGAUGCUAUGAACUUGAUAAAAUGGCAAAGUUUUAAUUUCCCUACUAAUAUUAUGCUUUGGGGCCAGAGACUAAGCUCAAGAACGCGGUUAACGGCUUUCCCAAGCAACAACUCUAGUUUGUCAUAUUCUUUUGAGAUUCAGUAUGACAAGAUUGCAUUGUACUUGUACUCUGGAAAAUUAAAGUACUCGUACUGGGGAUAUACACCUUUGGAAUUGGAAGACCUGAAUAUCACGUAUGUUGAGUUAACUUCUAACGCGCUGGAGAUAUUCAACAACAAAAACCAUAGAAUUGGAAGGAUAAAAUCAGACAAGAUAGAGCCCCUGAGAUUUUUAGCAUUGGGAAAUAUCACAGGGAAUUUGGGAUUCUACUAUUACUCAUCUGAAAAAGGAACGUUUGAAGCUUCGUAUCAAGCAUUAAACACUAGUUGUGAUCUUCCUUUGGCAUGUAAACCUUAUGGUAUUUGUACGUUUUCAGGAAAGUGUUCUUGCAUAAGGCUAAUAAAACGAGGAGAUGGGUUGCUUUCUGAUUGCGCCGAAAAUGUAACUGAGGGAUUUUGCGGAAGAAACCGGUCUCAAAUGCUACAACUACAAGGUGUUAUGAGUGUAUUAAGAAGCAAUCCAUAUAAGGUCAAUGUCAGCAAAGAAAUGUGUGCCAAUUUAUGCUUGGAUAACUGCACAUGUGUAGCGGCUUUACAUUUUUCUUUGGUGGAUUCUGAGGAUGAUCACACAAAACCUGGAGAGUGCUAUCUGUAUGGACUAGCUAGAGGAGUAAAACAAAUACAAAGGGAUGGAAGACUGAGUUAUAUGGUCAAGGUGCCAGCGGCGACUGAUCAAGAUCAUGAUAAGCACUCUCAUUGGAAGAAACGUAUUCCAAUUGUGGUAGGCGUGGUUGAUGGAAUCGUAUUGUUGCUUGUUUUAGGAGGGAUUGGAUACUAUGUAAUCCGAAAGAGAAGAAAGCAGUGCGCAGCUACUGCUCACAGCAAUUGACAUCGUAUAGCUGAAAUUUUGUUUUCAAGAUAACAUUUUCUUCAUCGAGAUAGUAAUUGAUUGACUCUCGUGAAAAAAAAAAAAAAAAAGCAAUGAUGAAGCUCCAGAGACGGAUACUAAGCAUCUUGUUGAAAUGCCUGAGAUUGAGCACAAGUUCCAAGACGUAAAAGUGUCAGAGGACACGGGUUCAACCUCUGGAAAUAGUCUCCGGUAGAAAUGCAAGGUAAGACUGCGUACAAUACAUCCUUGUGGUGGGGCUCCUUCUCCGAACACAGCGCAUAGCGACAGCUUUAGUGCACUGGGUUAUCCUUUUUAGAAGUGUCAGAGGUAUACAAUCUUUUCAGAGUUAAAAUGCUGUUACAUCACAAGAUAUUUUUGCUUUCUUGAACUAAUAUGUUGAAUUUAUUGAUGUCUAAGGAUGAAAAGAAAACUGCUACAUUAUUCUUGCUCGAAAAAUUGAGCAAGCUUGAACUACACAAUGCACAAAAUAUCAUUUGCUGAA